AUGUGUUCUGCCAAACAUGUCGAUCCACAAGUUCCAUUUGGUGGUGUGAACGUCAUCUUCUUUGGUGAUUGUUUACAAUAUCGCCCAGUCUAUGAUUCACCAUUGCAUACUGUUUUUUCAUCAUCAAAAAAGAAACAAGGAAAAAUACCAUCUGAAAAAGAAAUUCAACAACGUGUUUCACGUUCUUUAAUUCUUCAAAUGAAUUGUGUGGUAAAACUUACACAACAGAUGCGAACAGAAGAUUUACGAUAUCUUCAAUUACUCGAUCGGCUUCGUCAUGGACAAUGCAAUUAUGACGAUUAUGAAUUAUUGCAGACACGAGUUGUUGGACAACCAACAAUAGAAUCUCUACAUGAUUCGCCAUGGAACAAAGCUCCUAUUCUCGUGUUCCGAAACGAAGUUCGCACACAAAUAAAUAACAAGGCUGCUAUUCACAAUGCAACACAAAUGGGUGAUCCGCUGAUGGUAUGUGUUGCUCAAGAUACGUGUAAAGGCAAAGCAAUCGAAGAUCCAAUAUUGCGUAAAAAGCUAUUAGAAUNGAGAGCAUAUCAGAUACGUAUAACAUUCGAUUUUGUGGUCUUUGUUUGUUGA